AUGGAACCCGCCGCUGUUUCCACUCCUGAGCGGACGCUUGGCAAGUACGCUGUCCGCUGCACUCGAAAGCGCACGCUGCUCCGUUCGAUAGAGCGUAUGCGGAACGCGAUCGUAUCCAGGAUAAUAGAGGUAUCUGCAGCAAAGUCCAGGUCGGUGCACGAUGUCGAGCAUUCUCGAUGCGUCGACGCUGACUCGGUCAGAAGCGGUGAGGCGCUCGCCGCCCCGGAAGCGAUCGCUGCGCUAACCCAAGCCCUAGUCGACGAUGCUCUCACAUUCUAG